AUGACUAAGCAACUAUACAGCCCUGCUUGUGGGAGAGGAACUGGGAAACGUACCAGAGAUUCUAGAGAUAUAGACGACACAGAGGAAUGGAGAUGCCUGCCUCUUGCUAAACAAACAAAAAUUAGUGAAUCUGAAAGUACAAAGGAUAUUUUUAAUAUCCCGGUUUCAAACUCUUUCACACUGCUAGCAGAGAUGAAUGACGAGGAACCCAGUGUGAAAGAACCUUUUGAUAACCUGCCUACUAAACCUUCAAGCAAUAAUAAUACUGGCAUCCACUCGAAUGUUUGCACUAGAGCCCGUGAAAGCUGCAUUGACGAGAUACUAUUUGAACACUCGACUACUUUAGACCUGGUUGCUAGAACAGUGGACUAUAUCUUUAAAUACAUAAAAGACAUCCGAGGAUCCUUGGAGAAGAUUAUCUCGCUUGUAUCCCUAACAGGUAAAGACAGUUCCCCUGAUGUUCCACCUGAGAUGAAGCCCUUACAAAUGCCCAGAGCACCCGUUUUACCUCAUACCUCUUGUAUAAUUCCUCAAGCUGCUGGCAAUCAGAAAAGUGAGCAAGGUGAGCAAAAUAAGAAGGAACAACACUCUGCACCUCCUCACAAACUGCUGCUGCAAGCUACCAAAAUCUGCCUAACGGUUUGCCCCUUUAGAGGCAAGGUGAUAAACUGGCACUAUAAGAGUGAUAUAAGGAGAUACCUAGCGGAGCUUCUGAGGGUAACCCCUAGCUCUAUUGACCUGAAGCAUAUUGAUCAUAUUAGCAGCAGACCUCAGAGGCAGAGAGUGCUGCUCUCCUUUAAAACCAAAAAGCUCCCUGCACUUAUUAUGUCCUCAAGAAGCCUUCUAAUUAACUAUGGAAUCCUUGCUACAAGAGUCUUUACCAAUACCAAGAUCUGCUCCCUCUUACCAAACUGCUUGUUCAAAAGAAAGCAGAUAAGUCUGAGGGUCCGCCAAUUGCUACGACCCCAACUCCCUGGCCGCAGAUCUAAUCAGCUGGUUUGACGCCCCCCUGCCUCCACUGACAAAGGCCACACAUCUGGAGAACUCUACGGAGCGUGAGUUACUUCUAUCCUUCUCCCAAUUGCCAAAACUGGAGCGAACAGAGAUAACGGACAGAUUGGACGAGUUGCUACUCUGUCUCCGUAACUCAGAAGAUCAUGCUCAUGUAAAUAAGAUGAAUUCUUCACCAAUUGUAGAUCAGGCUACACAAGCCCAAGUGGUACCUGCUUUAACGACCUUUGAUCUGCAACCUGGCUGUGCACAGCCUCGGGAUGUCAAGUCCGGGCAGGAUACAGUGGAAGAUUCGACAACCCUCUGGUCAAAUUCGGAAGCUGUGGCAAGACUGGAUGCUCUUUUGGAGGCAAACCGAAAAGGAUGCCUUCCACCUGCCUUACACUGCAUGUUCCCUACAGCAUCUGCAGAUCCAAAAGGCCCACCCCCCUCAAUCUUAGAGCAUACUUUAAAUGUAGAGUCUAUGGACCUGUCGUUAAGUGAUACUCCUGUGCACCAGAAUCCAUCCUUGCAGCUUCCAAUAAUUAAGCCUCAAUCCAUGGCUGCUGCUGCGGUAAGUGGUGCUCGGAAAUUGCCUGGUAAACAAGCUACAAUUACUUCCUUCUUCCAGCCUAUUGUCCCCCCUCGCCGCAUGCAUUCCCAGGUGGAUUCUGCCGUGCUGGUUCCGCAAGGCCCAGCAUGA